UUUUUAUGUAUAAACCAAUUGAAAAAAUGUUGUAAAUAAACUGUAAAUAUCAUGGCAAGGUAAAACACAAUGAGCUUGUUGUCCCCAGGUAAACAAUAACACGUGGUUGGGAAGCUGUGUUUAUAUGUCAAGCAGAACCAAAAGAAGUCUCCUGCCCUUUUAUCCGUGUACAAUCUGAGGUCCUGAUCUAGUUCACUCAAAAGAUAUGAGCAGUGAGGAUAUUUUUGAUUUCGUUGAUGCCUUGGAACAGCAGACAUAUGCUGCAGGUGAAGCAGAAGGAGUAGAGGAUGGAAAACAGAAACACCAUCUUGUAGGAUUCACAAUGGGAUGGCAGCAGGCUUGUCACAUUCUGCAGGAAUUAGGCCUUAUAGAAGGUCUCCUGGGCAGUGUGUUACUCAACUGUGAAUCAGAACUUGACCCUCGUCUUCAAAAUCAAAUUGUCAAACUUCUCGCUACCAUCAGGGAUUGGCCAAAAUGGGAUCCAUCUGAUGAAGAUAAAAUAGAAACAAAACUUGCUGCAAUUCACACCAAAAGUCGAUAUAUUCUGCAGCGACUGAAUAUCCCAUCAAAAGUUAUUGAUAGAAGUGUUGAUGGCGAUUUUUAGUGUAAAUUCUGGUCCAAUAGUCUUUUCAUGAUUAUGUCUUUCUUAUUUAAUUGUCAUCUUAUUCAAUUAAUUCUUUAAUUCCAUAUGCCUUGGUUAAAUUGUCUACUGUGUUUCUUUGUAUCUGUUAUCUUUUCUCCAUUUCCACUUGCUUAGUUUGGAUAAAUUUAAAACAGAAACUGAAAGAAAGGGAGGAAAUGGUUAGGGAGACUGCUGUAAAUUUUUUUUAGAAAAAACCUUAAGAUAUCAUUCUUUUGGCAAUAUCUGACAUAAUACCUUCACUACAGUAAUUCACUUAUAUAGUGUGUCCAUAUCUUUCUUGAUCUACCUACUUGUAUCCUUCUUAUACAGUACAGUACUUCCAACUAAACUGUCAUUAAUAUUCCAUCCCAUUGUCUCCCUUACACACUGUACUCUGCAUACAAGGUUUGAUACAGUACUUUAUAACAUGAUUAUUAUAUUGAUAGUAUCUUUAUGAAUUGAAGACCAUAAAUGCAUGAUUCAGCUGAGGUUAAAUGAAAAUAUAGGAGCGUUAAUAUAUCAGCUUAUUAUAAAACACCCAUAACUGUGUGAUAUUUUAACAGAAUUAAGAUGUCUUUUCAUAAAAAUUACUGGAAAUGAACCAAGUCAAAGGAAGAGGUGGUGGAGUGGUACUCAUGUCAUCGCCUAAAAGUAACUAUGCAGAACUCUGUACCUAUAAUGCUGGUGUCUGGAACUUUACUUCUCCAAAUAUAUUUUGCACAAAUCAAAAUACUGGUAUUCA